AUGACUAGGUAUCAUCCAAAACUCCUGCGGUCUCUCCUUAUAAUUUUAUUUUCGGAUCCGUUUCCACAGCACUCUUUCCGGCCUUUGAUUUAUCGGGAUACAAAAAUAAGAUGCCCUCAAUUCACUGAGAAAGCGUUUUGCGCUGGCAAGCGAGAGCCCGAGAAGGAAUUAGAAGCCCAGAGAUGGAUAGAAGCAGUCAUCGGCGAGAGAUUCCCAUCAGACCUUCCCUACGAGUUUGCUCUACGUGACGGCAUCAUCCUUUGCAAAUUAAUGAACAGGCUGCAACCAGGAAUCAUAUCUAAGGUCAACGUGUCUGGAGGGGACUACAAGUUUAUGGACAAUAUUAGCCAAUUCCAGAAAGCCUGUGUAAAAUACGGAGUACCAGAUGUAGACCUCUUCCAAACAACGGACCUUUGGGACCAGAAAAACAUCGCACUAGUAACGCAAACUAUUUUCGCUAUUGGCAGGACGGCAUACAAGCACACAGAAUGGCGCGGCCCCCACCUCGGCCCGAAACCAUCUGAAGAGAACCGCCGCGAGUUCAGCGAAGACGUUCUUCGCGCAGGAAACGCUGUCAUCGGUCUCCAAGCCGGUACCAACAAAUUAGCAUCACAAUCGGGCCAAAACUUCGGCGCUUCGCGUAAAAUUAUUCUCGGAAAGUAA